AUGAUGGAAAUAUGCUCCCAUGAGCGAAAACCUCUCACCGAUAACACCAUGCUUUUCUUUCCUGAAAAAGUAAAAUUUUGCGCAACAUUCUAUACGUCGAAACGCAAGGGACAUUACGAGAAGGACGUCAAACGGACAGCUAAUUUGCAUUCGUUGGUGAAAAUCGCAUGGAAUGAUAUCCAUAGCAAUGAAACGUGCACUCUCUUCUAUAAGUUUCCGCCCGAUCUUGGUUAUUAUAUGGGAUGUCAGAAAGCAAUUUCGUUGUAUAUCUCUCAAUUGGCUGCUGGGAAGGUACCCACUUGGGACGAAAAAAACCAGAACUGCCCACUUCAUCAAUUACCGAAUACGUAUAAGAACUAUUUGGCAUGUGACUUCGUACGUGGUCGAUGGUAUUCAAUGUCAUUCGAGAGUUCAAUUCGUUACGAACUCUAUCAUAAUAAAGCCUAUCGACAAUUCUGGUCAAAUCAUUCAAGUAUCUAUCUGAUAAAGCCCGACUAUUUGCUACAAAGGAAUGGCACUGAAGUUGACUGGCUUGCUAGUUUGCUAACAUUUAGGAUACGGAACGAGGAUCAUAUUCAUUAUACAUCGUUAAUUGCGAACAAAACACUCAGUAGAUGGUCGUCGUCCAUUUUUGCAGUUACUCCUUCGAUAGAUACACAGGAAUUGUGCAUUGAGGUGAGCGAGUCAAAUGACGACUUUGAUUCAAAAUCGAAUCAAUAA